AUGGUGCAAGUGGCUAUCUUUGCAACCCCCGCUUGGCCAUACCUUGUCGCAUCUGGAGCGAUGCUAGUUGCGGUGGCGUGUCUGGUUGGCUUGUACUACUUCGUCGUACUUCCCCUCGUCACUCCACUCAAGCGGUUGCCCGGCCCAGCGCCUACAAGUGUCAUCUUUGGGAAUGGGUGGGAGAUCUUUGAACGCGUGAGUAACUUCCCCGAGCCGUUCUUGUCCUGGAUGAAGCAUUACGGCGGGGCUGUCCACUACAGCAUUGCUUGUGAGCAUCGCAUCCAGCUGACGGACCCCACCGCCGUGCAGUAUGUCUUGGCGACCAAAGCCUCCAGCUUCCCCCGGCACCCCACCUUACGGCGAUUUUUCGCCGACUUUUUGUCUGGGGUGGGCUUGUUGAGCUCGGAAGGCGCUAAACACGAUUACCAUCGCAAAGUCCUGAAUCCUCACUUUAGUGGCAUCCAAAUCAAGACAUCCAUGGCCGUGAUCGUGGACCAGACCCUUCAAUUCUGUGCGUCCCAUCUCGAUUCUGCAGCCAUGUCACGUCGCCCCGCCAACAUGAACACAUUCUUUCAAGAACUCACGUUGAACAACAUUGGGCUGUCCUCGUUCGGGUACGACUUUCAAGAAAAUCCCGACGCCCUCAAAGCGUACGAAGCGCUUCAAACCAUGCCCAACAAGGUCCUCCUUGCAUGUUCCAUGUGCAUCCCGGGGUUCUCGCGGCUGCCGUUUCCGUGCUUUCGCCGACGAAAUCACGCCCGCACCACUUUGCUUCGCAUCAUGCAAGACAUCAUCACCACGAAGUUGUCGGAACACAAGGCAGCUGGAGCCCCGCGAGACUUGCUCGACCUGAUGUUGGACGCCGACACGUGUAGCCACGACGCCCUGGUCCACACCAUGACCCUCAUCUUUGCUGGACACGACACGACCACCGCCGCCCUUUGCUGGACAUUCUUCCGACUAGCUAGCCAACCCUCCAUGGCGGCGCUAGCCCGGAAUGAGUGCUUAGCCAUGCUCAAGCGACAUGGAUCGUUCGAAAACGGGGAAGCGCUGCAAGGCUUGUCAUUUACCACGGCGUGCAUCCAAGAAACCCUUCGGUUGCACCCCCCGGUUCCAUUUCUGGGGCGUCGCAUCGCUGCUCAAGACAUGGACGUCCCCAUGACCGACGGCUCUUCUAUCUUUGUUCCCAAGGGAACGUCCGUUUGUGUGUUGCACGCUGCGAUGCAUCGAGAUCCGACGUAUUGGAGCCAGCCUGAAGCCUUCGUUCCAGAACGAUUCAUUCCUGGAAUGGCACCGUUUGAGAUCGACCUCGGCCUCCGGCAAGGCCGUAGCCAUGCACUCCACUACAUGCCAUUCAGCAUUGGCGCCAAGAACUGCAUUGGUCAACGGUUUGCCAUGGCCGAGCUACAAGUCGUGGUCGCGACGCUGCUCUCGAGAUACGAAUUCGCCAUCACAGCAGACGCCGACUUCUCCAACAUGUUCAAUGGCGUUUCAGUGCAGCCUGCACAUUUAGAAUUGUCUGUGGUGUCGGUUUAA